GACCAAAUGAAGAUCAAUGUACAAAGAGGGAGAGGGAAAGACGACAGAAAAUGGGAAGAGGAACAGCAGAGGCACUCAGUGCUUACAGAGCCCUGCUUCGAGCCACUCGGAAAUCGUUUGCCGGUGACACACUGAUGCUUAAUGAGUCGGCUCUAGAAGUAAGGAAGAAGUUCGAAGAGAACCGUAACGUAACGUCCGAAGAGGAGAUAAAGAAACUCCUUGCCGAUGCUUGCGAGGCUUCAGAUUUCAUCUCCAACAUGAUCGUCCAGGCCAAACUCAAUUCAAGAGGCGGUUUCGAGGUUAAGCCUAGCAAAGAGCAUGCAGGGACAACACUUGAGAUUCCCUCUGAGGAGACUCUCCCAAGGUCUGUAUGAGAGGUAGGGAGGGGAAUCAUGACAGGUGCUUGGCCAUUCAUGCUCCAGGUUUGGCAUUAUUCUAUGACUAUUUUGUUGGAUGUUUUAGAAGAAGGUUGUAACUUUUUCUUUUUUUUUUCAGCAUUCUACAGCUUUAAUUUAUGGUGUAUGGUCUAUGGUGAUAAUGUAAACAUCUAGAAAACUGUUUUUGCCUAGCAGUUUUGAGGUUCUUCCCUUGGCUCAUUCAGGUGUCAAAUUUGACUGACAAAAUAUGAUGGUGAAAUUUGAUUUCAAUGAUAAUAAAAUAAUAUUGGGAUAGGACUAUAGCAUAUCUAUCAGAUAGUUGUGUCCCUAUCUCCUGUGGUGUCGGGAUUGCA